CUGCCUUUGCUCUAUAUAAACCCUCAACACUCUCAUUUUCCCUGCACCACUUACCUGGCUUGCAUAUCGCAACGCACAAACCAUUUCCUAUCUUGGUACUAUAGCAAGAGCUAUCAACUUCACACACCUUUACUAAACAUAAUGGCUUUGCUGAACAAGAAUACUCACCAGCUUCUUUCCAAGAUUGCAACCAACGACAAGCAUGGAGAGAAUUCUCCUUAUUUUGAUGGGUGGAAGGCUUAUAAUUCAAACCCAUUCCACCCCACAAAAAAUCCUCAAGGUGUUAUCCAGAUGGGUCUUGCAGAAAACCAGCUAUGCUUUGAUCUGAUUGAAGAAUGGAUAAGGAACAAUCCCAAGGCCUCCAUUUGCACUAAAGAAGGAGUGAACUGCUUCAAAUAUAUUGCAAACUUUCAAGACUAUCAUGGAUUGCCAGAGUUUAGAAAAGCUGUGGCAAAUUUUAUGUCAAAAGUGAGAGGUGGUAGGGUGAGAUUUGAUCCUGACCGUAUAUUGAUGAGUGGAGGGGCCACAGGAGCGAACGAGCUAAUCAUGUUCUGUUUGGCUGAUCCUGGAGAUGCUUUUCUGGUUCCUAGCCCUUAUUAUCCAGCAUUCGUCCGAGACUUGUGUUGGAGAACAAGGGCGCAACUAAUUCCUGUGGAGUGUCACAGCAGCAACAACUUCAAGAUAACAACAGAAGCUCUUGACGAAGCUUAUAACAAAGCAAAAGAGGAUAACAUCAACGUGAAAGGGUUGAUCAUAACAAACCCAUCAAACCCUUUGGGAACCACCAUGGACAGGGAAACACUGAAGAGCAUUGUUGGCUUCAUCAAUGAAAAAAACAUCCAUUUGGUGUGUGAUGAAAUCUAUGCAGCCACAGUGUUUAGAGCACCUUCCUUCGUGAGUGUCUCUGAAGUCAUGCAUGAGAUUGAACACUGCAACAGUGACCUCAUUCACAUUAUUUAUAGUUUGUCUAAGGACUUGGGGCUUCCGGGUUUUAGGGUUGGUAUAGUUUAUUCAUACAAUGAUGGAGUGGUGAAUAAUGGGAGGAAAAUGUCAAGCUUUGGACUAGUCUCAUCUCAGACACAGCAUUUUCUGGCUGCAUUGCUUUCUGAUGAGAAUUUUGUGGAGAGGUUUCUGGCAGAGAGUUCAAGAAGGUUGGCUGCAAGGCACAGCCACUUCACAAAGGGACUUGAGAAGGUUAACAUUACUUGCUUGCCAAGCAAUGCAGGGCUUUUCUGUUGGAUGAACUUGAGGAGUUUGCUGAAGGAGAAAACAUUUGAAGGGGAAAUGAUGCAGUGGCGUUUGAUCAUCAAUGAAGUGAAGCUUAAUGUGUCACCAGGGUCAUCUUUUGAUUGCUCUGAGCCUGGUUGGUAUAGGGUGUGUUUUGCUAACAUGGAUGAUGAGACUGUGGAUGUUGCACUCAAGAGGAUCAGGGCAUUUGUUGGGAAAGAGACAGGGAAACCAGUGGAACUCAAACGUUGCAAAAGUAACCUUAGACUCAGCUUCUCUUCGAGAAGAUUUGACGAGAAUGUUAUGUCACCUCACAUGAUGUCACCCCAUUCACCAAUGCCUCACUCACCCCUUGUCAGAGCCACUUAAUUGGACCAGCUUACCUUCAGAAACAUAUAUGUAGCAAGUUGUAUUACGUCCUUUCUAAGCUGAUUUUUAUUCAUGUAAUGUUGUCCUGCAUAUGUGGACAGAUAACUCUACUGUAGUUAGGUAACUGAAAUGAUUUGUUCAAUUCAAGUUAUAUAUAUAAAGUCUCUUUAUAUACAAGCAUGAAUUACUUUUGAGGGUUUUUCUACCGAAAAAACUAUAUUUUCAGUAGAAAAACACAAAGUAUUUUUAACUUGUAUUCAAACUGACUUAUAAUAUUAUGAUUUUGAAUUUAUGUUCUUCCAUUAUGUAAAAUAUGAGUUUGAGUUUAACUCGAUCCUAUAAAACUUUAUUGUAGUCACAACUUA